UGUUUUUCAAGGGCGUGCCGACUCCUAUUUCUUAACCCUUCUCUGCACCGAGAGGACUUGAUUUUUUUUUUUUUUUUUAAUUUCUGGAAGGAGCAACGUGGCACCUGGUAGCGGGGUGCAAGCAGGGGCCGAGCCAGGGCUGGGUCGCCGCGGCGGAGCGUGUAGCCGCCCUGGGCCGUACGGCAGGCCUGCCUCGGGAAGACUCGCGCUCUGUGGCUAUGCUAUGGGCGGGCAAUGCGGAGCAGGAGGGUGGCACUUGCUUUUCUCUUUGGCCCUUCUGGGCCCCGCGGUGCUCCCUGAACGCUGACCAAGGCAUCUGAGAUAGCAGGAGGCCCCGAAGCUGCAAGCAGGGUGGUGCCGGGAGCUGCGGGCGCCGUGCCAGCUCCCUCGAGCAUGGCCACACAGCUGUUUGAAGGGAAAGGACAUGCUGCGGUCUAUCAGAAAUACAGGUUUGCUCCUGGUGAAGAUCUACAGCAAACCAUCCUCUCCUACCUGAAGGAAAAGGGGACAAACCCCAUCGAACUGGUGGUGGACGUGGGCUGUGGAUCGGGACAAGGCACUCGCUUCCUGGCAGAGCAUUUCAAGAAGGUGGUGGGAGCGGACAUCAGCGAAGCUCAGAUCCAGGAGGCCAGAGAUGCGUCCUCCCUUCCAAACUUGUCUUACCUCGUGUGCCCUGCGGAAGAGCUGCCAUUUGAGGAUGGCUCGGUGGACCUCCUUACUUCAUUUACAGCCGUCCACUGGUUCGAUAUUGAGAAGUUCAUGAAAGAAGUAAACCGUGUUGUUAAGCCACACGGUUGUGUGGCUAUCAGCACCUACACUGUGGACAUGAGUCUGCGCUAUGGAAACUGCUCUGAAAAGCUGACACAGAUCUUCAUUGAGACCAGGGAUCGGAUUUUUAAGUACUCACAUAAUAGAGUAAAGCACGUCUUGGAAGACUACAAAGAGAUAUUUGAGGCCUUGCCAUUUCAAGACAAGAAGAGAAUCACUGAUAUUGUAGAUAAAAUUCCCAUGACGGUUGCUGGUGUGGUUGGUUACUUGGAGUCUGUCUCUCCGUAUCAAGCCUACCUGAGGAAUGACCCUGAUGCUGCAAAAACACUCCUCCAAGAAACUGAAAAGAGGUUCCUGGAUGUGAUGGGAGUUUCCUCUCGGGAAACCCCACUGGAGUUCUGCUUAAGGCACGUCUGCAUCUUAGGGUGCAAGGGACCAUGAAAGGAAAACUCUUUGGUUGAAGGAGAGGAAAAAAUGUGGGUCUCCUAAUACCCUCAUGGUAGCCACUCCUAUUCCUUGGGGAAGAUUGAUGGUAAUUUUUUUUUGUUUUGAUUAAAAUUCUCAUCUGUGGAAUGCAGACAUGGAUUUAAUGCCUGCUCUUAGUCUGUAACAGCCUUGUUGUGGUGCCUGCUCAAAGAGACAGCCUCAUCCUACCCAGCACUGCUGCUGGAAGCAAGUGGUUUCUGACUGCAGCAGCUGGACUGUGCUGGGGCUGAGCAUCACAGCCACAGCUGAGAAACUCACUGAUUUUUCUUGCACAAUAAAAAAAGAAAUUGUUGGAAAAAUAAA